UGUUAGGGUAAACAAGUGGCUAACGACUUUUUUCCUCGAAAAAAACUCCGUUUUUUAUAACACUAGUCAAUAAUUYKUACUUUAUAUGCAUUGUCAAUGAUAUUUUGAACCAUGUAUACGAGUAGCAUGAGCAAAAAAGCUCCUUUCGAUGGGAAUUCGCCGUACAAUUGGCGGCCAUUGCCAUGCAAAGGGACUAGAAAACGAAAUCCUGACGAAGACUUUAUCUUGCGUGGAAAUGCUACUUCAAUGAGGCAUAAAGAUACUGGUUAUCGAACUAACUCUGCGAUGACAAUAAGACCAGGAAGUGUAACUAUGAGACCAAGUUCAUCUCAAUCUGUAAGAUUUACAGAUUAUGAAACUACAGCACAGGGAUAUGAUCCCCAAGACCUUGCCAUAGAUUUAUCUGACUUUGACGAUGAACCUUGUGAGGAACUUACAAGACUUAAAGACGACAAUGCUAACCUUUUAAGUAGUACUGCUAAGUCUGACUGGUUUCUUAACCCAGUACAUCGCAUGAAGAGCCCACCAAUUAACCUUGAUAAACUUGGACAAUCAAACCCAYUGGAAGCAUCUGUAUUAAAAUCUACUUCACAAGGAAACAUCACCAGUGAUUUCAAUGAGGACAUCAGAAACACUUCUAUUAAAUCUUUUGACAUGUCAUUGUUUCGGAAUGCCGAAGAUGAAAUGCUUGCAUCGAGRACAUUAAGUGGGCUCUCAACUCCUUACCGGGAAGAGCUAGCAAGAUUAAAAGUUGAACGAUUAAAACUUGAAGAAGACAGGUUAUUGAAGACAAAAUGCACUGAAGAAUUGGAGAGAAUACGGGGACCAAAACCAAGAUGGUAUGAGCUAAAAACUCCUGACUUUCACAAAGAAGCACAAAGAAAUAAUAAUGUUUUGUCCCUCAGUGGACACUAUAAUGAAAUUAUGGAAUAUAGGAACAGACUUUUGGCAACAUUAGGCGAGGAUAAGUGUCCCAGUAGACAGGAAUCUAUGCAUAAGUUUUAUCACAGUAAAAGUCAUAACCAAACAAUAUAAUCAUAGCAAUUCUAUUGGUUUGGCAAUACCAAGUUAUUGUAGAUAACUGAUCACAAGUCUCCCUCAAAAGGUGACCCUUUCAUUGUUAGUUGACAAAAUUUGAUCAAAGACUUUUAUCAUGUGACUUUGUCUUAAUGAACAAUUGAUAAUCAUGAAGUGAUUAAUGCUAACACUGUAGUUUGUUGAAUGUUUUAUCAUGCUUUGUGAACCUGGACAUACUAGCGCUAUGUAGAAAAAGUCCAAGAAUCAAAUAUUACUUUCAUAUUUGCGACAGUGUUUGGUGGAAGUAGCAUUUGUGACAGAAAAGGGAAACUGAAAGGUUUUUUCAUCCUUAAUUAUCUAAGUUUUUUGUUUAGUUACAUUGUCAUUAUGUUACCCAAUUUUUUGAAGGUUUUCUUAUUAAAAAAUAGCACUGGCUGCAACAGUA